UUUACAAAAUGAAGUUCAUACCUAUUCAAUGCUUUACAGCUAUUUUGCUUAUUUCUUUGACUUACAGUCGGCGUAUUGGCAUUAAAGAUCAAGUCAUACUUUCUGGUUAUGACUACAGAACAGAUUUUUUCGUUCAGCCAGUGGAUCAUUUUGGGUUCUCAAAUCCAGACACCUACAAGCAACGCUACCUGAUUGCAGAGCAGUUCUGGAACAAAGAUGGAGGCCCAAUCUUUUUCUACACAGGAAAUGAGGGGGACAUCGCCUGGUUCUGUAAUAAUACGGGUUUUAUGUGGGACAUAGCAGCAGAAUUCAAAGCUUUGCUGGUGUUUGCUGAGCACAGGUAUUAUGGAGAAUCUAUUCCAUAUGGGCCAGAAGCAUAUAAGUCUCCAACAAAAAUGAACUACCUCACUUCGGAGCAGGCUCUGGCUGACUUUGCUGUACUGAUAAGCCAUCUGAAGGCAACACUGCCGGGCGCCACUAAUAGCUCAGUGGUUGCAUUUGGCGGCUCGUAUGGUGGGAUGCUAUCUGCGUGGAUGAGGAUUAGGUAUCCCAACGUCAUUGUAGGGGCUCUGGCUGGCUCCGCCCCUAUCUGGCAGUUUCCAAGCCUAACACCGUGUGAGGCGUUCAACAAGGUACUAACAAAUGCCUUUAACCAGGCCUCCCCAACAUGUGUGGACAACAUUCGGAAGUCGUGGGCCGCCAUUACAGAGCGAGGCAGUACCGAUGCUGGCCGAGAUUUCCUGACCAAAACAUUCCGACUGUGUGGGCCGCUGACAUCAACGACAGAUGUGACGUUAUUCAAGGCCUGGCUAGUGGAGGCAUGGACAGACCUUGCCAUGGUCAACUAUCCGUACCCAGCAAACUUUCUGGAAAAUCUACCCGGAUGGCCUGUCAAGAAAGUCUGCGAUAAGCUGUCUAUUCCAACGGAGGGUGACCAGCUGCUAGAGUUUCUGUUUGAGGCAGCGAACAUCUAUUUCAACUACACUGGCAACACACCAUGCCUUAACACGUCUCAACAAGCCACAGCAAGUCUAGGUGACCUUGGAUGGGACUAUCAGAGCUGUACAGAGAUGGUGAUGCCAAUGUGUACAAAUGGACAGAUGGACAUGUUCGAACCAUCUCCCUGGAACUUUACAGAUUUCAGCGAGCAAUGCUAUAAGCGCUGGAAGACUCGGCCUCGUCCCGAUUGGAUAAGUACACAGUACUGGGGAAAACAAAUACAGAGUGUUACCAAUAUUAUUUUUAGCAAUGGCCUACUGGACCCCUGGUCAUCCGGCGGAGUUUUAGAGAGCCCAGGUGCGUCCCUUGUCCCCAUUAUCAUUAAAGAUGGGGCACAUCACCUGGAUCUUCGCGCUUCCAAUCCUCUUGACCCACCCACGGUUGUAGCAGCCCGUACACAGGAGAAGAAUAUCAUCAAAAUGUGGCUUGGGCAGCAGCAGUAGGCGUUGUGCUUAAUGUGAUAUAUUAUCAAAAAGCAUUGAACUAUAAUGUAUGGAAUGUACGGGUUUGGCUAAGGAUGUACAGGAAAUACGAAGGUGUGCUUUUAAAUGAAAAAUUGCUAGGGGUUUAAUUCUUGAAAUGUGAAGGCAUAGAAAGGGUUUUUAUUAAAAAUCUGUGAUUAAUUUGUUAAGGGUUGUAUAUUUGAGGUGUCACAACUUUUAAUGUUAGCCAUGGUUUUAAUGUCAUUAUCAAUAAUUGUUUUAUAAUUUAUAUAUGCAAAGAUAUAAGUUUGUCCAGCAUCAUCGUCCACAUAAUCAGCAUCAAACUUUCUUUUCAAUUAUUAAAUUUUAAACAAUUUAUGGUCUUCAAACUUGGUAUGUGCAUUGGUCAUGGUCAGUAGAUAACCCCUACUGAUUGUUGACUAAUAAUAGAAAGUAAUUGGCUCUUUGGACAGGCAACACAACUAAAUUGGGGAAUUAAUUUUGUAAGAAAAGCAUGCUAUUUUCUGUUUUAUCGUUCUUCAACUGUUUCAAGAGCUACUAAUCUGUUUAAUUGGUUGUUCUUUACUCAUUUAAGAAACUGAUACUAUUGAUUACUUAAAAGGUAUGUUCCAUGAUUUUACACGUGUAUUCUGAUAUUGUAUCCAUUAUAUCCUGUUUCUGCAAUAAAUAUUAUUAUU